AAAUCAGUUCGUCUUGGCCACGACAUUAGUGAUAUCACUGUUGAUGCCACACAUAAUAAUGUCAGUGCCACUCCGAAUGCCAAACAGUGCAGAAGUCCAUCCAGUUACAUAAACACCGGUGUGCCUGUACAACAGAACAAGAUGCUGUUUUACGCAUCUGUCGCGCUGUUGGCGUGCUUCGGUGUCUUUAGCGACGCACAGUACGUGAAAACUGUCAAAGGUGGACAUGGAGGAGGUGGCCACCGGUACUACGCCGGCGACAACCUUGUCAAGUACUUCGGAAACCGGACGCAGCAUGGCUACGACAUGACGUCAUCAAUCAACUAUGACGUCGGCGUGUGCUACAUUGAAGUUCCGACUUCUAGUCUAGUGAGGGAUCCAGCUCACGUACCUGCCGGGAAUGGGUCAAGACCAGACCUAAGCCGCAUCAGAUCGUGCUGCAGAGGCUACGUUAGGAAUAUCCACAACUCCAGGCUCUGCGACCCGGUGUGCUCGAAGGAGUGUGUCAACGCACUCUGCACGGCGCCAGAGACUUGCACCUGUUUCCCAGACCACGUGAAGAACGUAGCUGGAUUUUGUAUACCCACGUGUCCUAUCGGCUGUCAGAACGGAUAUUGCUCCGGCGGUGAAUGUCUAUGUAAAGAAGGCUAUAAGCUAGACGUUGAUAGCAAAUAUUGUCUGCCUGAGUGUAAGGAGAACUGUGGUGGCAUUGGGAAUUGUACAGCGCCUAAUACUUGUGAAUGUAAGACCGGCUACCAGUCGACGCCUCAAGGUUCGUGUAAGCCUGCCUGCGACCGAUGCAACGAUGGAGAAUGCGUGGCUCCUAACGAAUGCCACUGCCGUCAGGGCUUUAAGAAGGACGACAAAGGUCAAUGCAUACCACAGUGUGACCAGGGAUGCGGAGCAAAUGGCCGCUGUAUUGCACCCAAUGUUUGUGCAUUUGCAGAAACUGGUUCAUCAACAAUAAGGCCUGGUGUACUAAAUCAACAUGGACAAUAUCCUAACCAACCAGGAUAUCAUCCGGGUCAAUAUCCUGGUCAACCCGGGUAUCCGUACCAACCGGGGUAUAGGCCAGGACAACAACCGAAUCUACCAGAUCAACACAGUGUCCACAAUCCACUGAAUCAUACAGGCAAUCAUCUUAAUCAACCAGGACAACACCCUGGGCAGCCCGAUCAAUAUCCGAACCAACCAGGGUACAGGCCAGGUCAACAACCAACUCAACCAGGAUACCAACAAGGACACGAACCAAACCAACCAGGCUACCAAAUAGGACAACAAACGAAUCAGUCAGCCUUGUAUCCUGAUCAACCAGGUCAAUACCCUAAUCAACCAGGUCAAUAUCCUAAUCAACCAGGUCAAUAUCCUAAUCAACCAGGGCAAUAUCCUAAUCAACCAGGGCAAUAUCCUAAUCAACCAGGGCAAUAUCCAAAUCAACCAGGGCAAUAUCCUAAUCAACCAGGGCAAUAUCCUAAUCAACCAGGUCAAUAUCCUAGUCAGCCAGGUCAACAUCCUAAACAACCUGGUCAAUAUCCCAGUUUGCCAGGUCAACAUCCCAAUCAGCCGGGCCACAAUCCUGAUGAAUCUAAUCAAUAUCCUACUGGAUUAUAUCCCAAUCUACCUGGUCAGCCUGGACAAACAUUAAACCAAACGGACCGUUCGAACCAGCCAGACCAAUAUCCAUAUCAAUCAGGACAACGUCCUAUUCGACCAGAUCAACAUUCAAAUCUGCCCAACAUAAAUGGGUCUCGAGACCACCCAGGCCAGAAUCCAAACCAACCAAACCUAUAUCCGUACCAACCCGGAUAUCACCAGCCUAACCAGUAUCCAAUAAUGCCAGGUCAAUUUCAACCUAGUCCUUAUCCAUACCAACCGGGCCAAUCUCCAAAUCAAAACAUGUACACAUUUUACCCUGGUCAAGAAUACAGACCAUUGUACUCGGAAAGCCAAAAUUCUCCUGACAGCGAUGUCCAGGUUAUGUGCUCCGUGUCGUGCGUCAAUGGAUUUUGUGUUGAAGGGAACAGAUGUGGCUGUAACCGAGGUUAUGUAUUGGACAAAGAAGAUCCAACUGGUACCAGAUGUAUUCCACAUUGUCCCGGCGGCUGCCCUAACGGAGUUUGUUCUGGGCCUAACUUCUGCAUCUGUAACAUGGGCUAUUACAAAGAUCACAGUGUCAAAGGGAAAGCAGUUUGUGUGAAGCGUAUAAGGUAGUCCAGGACUUUGAUACAGAACUACAGAACAGGAACUUUAAAUACAGAAAAAAACUGAAUGAUUUUGUUCUUUAAACAAUAAUAGGUUACUUUUUAAAUAAAAUACAUUCGUAGAA